AUGGCUCGUCCAAAUGUCAAUGCGUUCAGGGCAGCAGUUGCAGCUGGCACUGGCAGCGCACAAUUUCCUGGUGUGGACAUGACCGGACCAAUGUGUGCAUUCAGGUCCAACACUGUCACAGAUCCUGACAUGAACUUGACCAUUGGCUCAUUCUUCUCAAUGGCCCAGCACAAGUUCUCAGUCAUGGUUGCUUCUAUGCGUCAAUCGGGUCACAUGGCAAAUGAAUUGGGCGCACACCUGGUGGUGGAUAUCAAGUGCGAUGACUCAGCCAACUUGAUGUCAGUGAACAAUUCUCCACCUUCAGCCCCAGUGGUGACAAGUAACCAGGUUUUGGAACCGCCAACUGCCUUGACAGACUUUGUGGGCUUCUUGAUGGACCAGUUCCAAGGGAUGGCACAUCGCGCUCAUGCCAAUGGGAAGUGUGUUUGCCCUAUGACCAUGUCUGCGUCAAUUCAAGUGGCGGGUUAUUUGUCAUCGAAUGUGAACAUCACCAUAUCACCACCACGCCCAGGUGCCAGACUCUUCUUCAAUUCAUCAUCCGACUCAGAUUCAGAUGUGCUUUUAAGCGGUGAUGGUGAGAGUGAGGGGCAGAAUCAUCCUCCUGUGGCUGGAGCUAUGGCUAUGGCUGUGAAUGAAGAAUCAGAUGAUCCAAUCAUUGAUGAUGCUGAUACCACGGCGAGGACAAAUGUUGAAAUGACAGUGGCCCCUCAUCAUGCGGCUGGAGUGGGUAGCAGUGACACAUUGGAAACACCAGUGACCCAUGAUAUCAACAAUCGCCUUGUGGCCGGGUCCCCUGUGGAUGAAGCUGAAACGCCAAAUGGCGUCGAGGCACCCAUUGAGGCUGAGGUUUCCGCCUUUGCUGCUGCUCUAGCCGCGACGAGAACAAGUGAGCCUGAAUCCAACUCAAGUGGAGUCGCGGUGGCUGCAAACAUCACAGCGUCUGCAUCCAAUGGUGCUACAGGGCAAGAGCAAAAUGGGUUCCAAAAUGUCCAGAAUACCCAGAUUGCCUUCUACCCUGUGCCGCCAGGAUUGGACAAGGGCGCAGCAGAACGGAAAUGGCAGAGUGCUUUCACUGAUCCAACCGUUCGUCGAGACAAAGUGAUGGCUCUAAACAGAGAAGGCAUUGAAAUUGGUGAGGUUUCCAUGGCAUUGGAUGAAUCUACAGGCCCUGUUGGCGGAGAAGCUUCCAAGAAACUCUAUGAUAGCUCGAUCAUGGACCCUUACAUCAAGGAAUUGUCCAGCACGAUCUUCUCCCGACCAGAGGCCAUUCUGACUUAUGGAAUGGCCAAACACCAGCGGGAUGUUCUGUUGGACUUGCAACCCACGGCAGGCCGCGUGGCUGCAAUGGUGGAAGACCGCUUGACUGCUAUGUCUGCCCUGAAGAAGAUUGCUGACUGUCUGAUACAAGAGACAAACACCUGGAAGAGCUCAAUGGUGGCCAUUUUGAAAGCCAAACAGUUGGAGGAAAAAGCAGAGCAGAAGGCACAAACGGCGGCCACCAAGAAGGAAGAGAAGGAGAGGCAAAAGGCAAUGAAAGCAGCUGCAAAGGAGGCAGCAAAGCUUGCAGCUGCGGAACGAGCGAAGGGUGAGAAUGAGAAUGAGAAUGAGGAGGACGACAACAGGAAGAGACGGGAGCGGAGGGUGGAGGAGAGGGCCAAGAAUCUUGGGGCCGCAGAAGAUAGGCAACAAAAGGAGUCCUACAAGAUUUCGGGGAUGACCUGGACUGCUUACCGUCAAGGAGAAGCCUUCGCAGGUUGCAUUAGUAACUUCCUUGGUAACUUUGUCUACCAGCUGGAGGGAAGUCGACUGGUGGUUGUGGCUGAUGCCAUAGAAUGUGCAAAUGCCAUGAUGGAUUUGAAGGGAAGGAAGGAUAGUGAAAGGGAUGUGACUGACGAGAAUGCUUUGUCUGUCUACCAGGAGAAUUGCGUGAGCCCAAUCGUUCGCAAUUUGAUCAAGAUCUUCACUGAGAACCCUGCUGCAACACCAGUCCUCAAGCGAGACAAUGUUCUUCAAGAUGGAGAAGGGCGAGAGAAUGGUGAUAUUCCUCCGAAGGAAGAAACUGCCGAAGACUGCGGCCGUGCGGAUAACACGGCACACGCCCCGGUUGUCGACAAUGCCGCUGAGGAAGAUGAGGAAGUUUUAGAGGAGGAAGAUGAGGAAGUUCCAGAGGAGGAAGAUGAGGAAGUUCCAGAGGAGGAAGAUGCAGAGGCAAAGGCUGACACUGAUGAUGAAAAGGAACACGCUCCAAGCGAUGAUGAAGAGUCAAAGCCAGAGGCUGAGAAUGAGGGUGAGGCUGAGAAAGAAGAAGAGGUGACAGUGACAAGGAAUGAUGGAGAGGCUGAACGUGAGAGUGAUGAAAAGGCUGCAACACCAGCAGCUCAAGGACAAGGUGAGAAGGUUGAGAAGGACAAGGAAGAUGCAGGCGAGAAGGUUGAAACGCAGACCCAGCCACAUGCACCUGCUCUCGCUCUGCUUGCAAUUGAAGAUUCAAAACCUGAACUUGAUCCAACCGCUGCCUCAGGAUCCACAGUGCCGCCUGAUCCAACUGCCCGCUUGAAGGGCUUCCCAAUUUUGGAAGGCCUGUUCAAGAAUGCCUCCCAAGUCACCCGAGCUGAGGCAAAAUCAGCUGCUGAAAGUGUGAUGGAGUCGCAUGCUGCAGCGGCCAAGGCAGAGACCUUUGAAGGAUUGAAGAAUACAACCACAAAGGAGAAUGACAAAAAGGAGAAGCAUGACAAGAAGAAGGAGAAAAAGGAGAAGCAUGACAAGAAGGAGAAGCAUGACAAGAAGGAGAAGCAUGACAAGAAGGAGAAGCAUGACAAGAAGAAGGAGAAGCAUGACAAGAAGAAGGAGAAGCAUGACAAGACGGAGAAGCAUGGCAAGAAGGAGAAGAAGGAGAAGAAGACGAAGAGCGAUAAGGACCAGAAUGAGGCUUCAGAAUCGAUUGCUGCAGCAGCUGAGGGAACUACUGCUGCUGAGCAAUCCGAAAGUUCAAAGGUGAUCAGAAGUGUUUUGGCAAAGCCCAAAGCUAAAGCACAGCCAAAAAAAGCACCGAAGGCCAAGGCUGAACCGAAGAAGAGAUCCGCCAAGGCUAAGGCUUUUGGCACCGCUUUGGAUGCGCAAACAACGUCCGAGGAUGAGGGCAAGGAUGUUGCUGAGGUGAAGUGCAGCACGGUGAGAGGGGAAGAGAGAGAGGCCCGGAUAUCGAACACACUGUACCCACAGAACCUGGGUGGAUUUGCCAAGGUGCUUUGUGUCCUUCCACAGUGCGUGGAUGUGGUAGAGGGUGUCCUUGGGGCGGACCUCAUCGGGUUUCACACUUACAACUAUUUGCGUCACUUCCGGUCCUGUGUGAUCCGACUCUGUGGCUUCACCCCAGAGAUGGACCACGUGGACCACCGUGGCCAACGGACCAAGCUCGGCGUCUUCCCUAUUGGCGCUAAUGUUCAAGGCAUUGCAGACGCCAUGAAGACCGAGCAGUUUGCGCAGCACCUUAAGGAGUACACUGAGCAGUUCCAAGGCAAGAGUUUGGUUUUGAACGUGGAGCGCCUGGACUACUCCAAGGGCGUGCCUCAGAAGCUUGCAGCCAUCCAACGAUACCUUGAGGAUGCGAAAAUGACGAAUGCAGAUGACGACAAUGAGACACGCACAGAUCGCAUGGAGGAACUUCAAAAGAGAUUCGAGCGCUUGGACAAUCACAAGGCCAAUCGCGGAAUUGCUACGUCCAACUUGCGACGAAUAGGCACGGCAGAAGCUGCACGACUCCGCACGGAUGCUUACAGGCGGGAUGUGGAGGAGUAUCAGAAGAUUGAGGAGGAAGUCCAUCGGAGCAUCAGCACCAUCAACGGGAUGUUUUCCACUCUGUCGCAUCAGCCGAUUGUGUACAUCCACCGCGGCGUGCCUUUGGCGGAGCUUGCUGCUUUGUAUGCGCGAGCUGACUGUUGCCUGGUCACCCCAUUGAUUGAUGGAAUGAACUUGGUGGCCAAAGAGUUCAUCGCCUCCAAAGACCGUAGCAUCGAGAAUGUGGUGCCAGGUGCUGUGGUUCUGUCCGAACUGGCGGGCUCAGCUCAGGAGCUCUUUGAUGCAAUAGUAGUAAAUCCUUAUGAUGAAGAUGCAGUUGCAGAUGCCAUUGCAAUUGGCUUGGAGCUUACGCGGGGCAAUCGCUUGAGCGAGGACCAGAGAUGGGAAGUGACGGAGCGCAUGCGCCAAUCUGUGGUGCAGAAUGAUGCAGUCUCCUGGGGGGUUAAUAUGCUCAAGGAGCUGGAAAAGCCCUACACUGGCCAAAGGAUCGCUCGGCCGGAAAGGGUGGCGAUGGAAAUGCUGGAUGACCGCUUGGCAGCCCGUUUCUUCGCAAACCACGAAGGCACAAAGGCAAUCUUCUUGGACUACGAUGGCACUCUGCGAGAAUUUGAGGCCAAGCCGGAGGAUGCAGUGCCCACCGAAGACACAUUGGAGCUCUUGAAGCAGCUGGACCAGACUCUCGAUUUCCAACUUCGAAAACACUGCGCUAAAUGUGGGCCAUUUGGGGUUUUAGUGAGUGGACGGGACAAGACCUUUCUUGAGGGCCACUUCGGGGCCUAUGCGAAUUUGACGCUCAUUGCGGAGCACGGGUACUUCAAGCGUGGGCCUGAUACCCUGCAUGAAUGGGUCCCGUUCACUCCAUAUCAGACACUGGAUUGGAAGGAGAAGGUGCGUCCAGUUCUGGACAUGUUUCAGCGCUGUACCCCAGGCGCCACCAUUGAGGACAAGGCCUCUGCUAUCGUGUGGCACUACCGCGACUGUGAUGAGGAGUAUGGUCAGUUCAAAGCCAAAGAGCUCAUGCAUCAGCUGGCGCUUUCACUCGGAAAUUUGCCAUGUCAAAUCAGCCAGGGAAACAAGAUUGUGGAAGUGGCAUCCUUGGCGGUGAGGAAGGGUGUUGUGGUUGGCAAUGCGCUCCAGCAGCAAAGCAGUGUCGCAAAGCCAUUCGUGGAGAUCCUGAUUUGUGGGGACGAUCGUACUGACGAGUCGAUGUUCUUGGAAGCUCCCAAGGAUGCCCUGACUGUAAAGGUCGGCCCUGGCGACACAGCGGCCAGGUUUCGCCUGGAGAAGCCCAGCGACGUGCGACGCUUUCUGGGGCUCAUCGCGGAUCAGGGCGGCAAUUCGCAGUGUACCGAGACUGGAUGCCCUCCCCCUGCGCUUUCACAAGCACUGGAAGAAGCUGACAGAGAGCGUGUGGAUCUCAAGAGCAUCUCCCGCUUUUAUUCCUUCAAAGAUCCAGAGGAAAUUUUGCCUGAAGCAAAUGCCCUCUCGUGCAGUGCGUGCCUUUGGACUGCCAAAGCCCUGCGGAGUGGCUUGGUGGAGAAGAUGCCAAGGCGUGUCAAGGCGAAGGACAGGCGGCGCCUCACUGAAGAGGCCUUCGAUGAGGGCAUUUGUGCUGCUCAGCGGUUCCCCACACAGUUGGUCCGCUUGGAUGCCAAGUUGGGGCACAUGAAGCUGGGCUACCAUGACUUUUCGGACGUUCGUGGUGACAAAAGAACCGCACUUACGAGCGAACACUUUCAACUCUUGGGGACGAGUGAUUCCUCAAAGGAGGCAGUUUCUUCGAUGUGCUUGAAGCUGACAAGGGCCUUCCGAUCAGCUGUCGUCGACAAAGCUGAGGCACACAAGGCUCGGAUCUUUGGUGCCAUCACGGACCACUGGCUUUGUGUGCGACAAGCCCGUUUGUGCUCAGCGCAGGAGGUGCCUCCUGGAGGAGAUGAUGAGGAUGAGGAGGAAGACUUGUGA